AUGGAUAUAUAUAGAGUGUACACAAAGAAACGAUCAGAAUUUGGUCGUCCAUUAUAUUUUACAGAUCGACCUACAGAAAUAAUUGCUGAUAUUCGACCUAAUAUUCGUCUAUCUCGUAAUUAUAAUGUUUCUAAAUCUGUUCAAUGUGGUGUACAAAACGUACAAAAAUUUGCAGAACAUUGGGUAAAUACAAUUCCAUUUGAAACAGAACAUCAAGGUAUUAAUCAUGUCAAAGGUGGUUGGCCAAAAGAUAUAGAUCCAAUUAAUGUAGAUCAAACAGCACGUUUUUUGAAACGAAUAGAAAAAGAUGAAAAUUACAUAUCUACUAUAUUAUCUCUUGGAAAAUUAGUGGAACAUACAAUUAAACAAAACAAUACUAUUAAUAUCUAUGAAGAUUAUUUUACAAGUUUAGGAUCAAAUGUAGUCGAAGAAGUACCAUAUGUUAGAACACUUAAUACUUUUCGUGAUCCUCAAAAUCCUCAAAGAACAGCUAAUCAUAUAUCAUGGUGUGGUAAUGGAGGAGAAAAACUAGCUGUUGCCUAUUGUAAUCUUGAAUUUCAAUCAAAUACAAAAGAUUUGUCUAAUGAUUCAUAUAUCUGGGAUAUUGAAUAUUCAUCUGAACCUGAUUAUAUUUUAAAAUCAAUUUCUUCACUUGUUUGUGUUGAAUUCAAUACAAAAGAUAAAAAUCAACUUAUUGCUGGAUGUUAUAAUGGUCAAGUUUGUAUAUUCGAUACACGAAAAGGUAGUACAGCUGUUGAACAAUCCCUUAUUGAAAAUAGUCAUCGUGAUCCAGUUUAUAAAACAAUAUGGUUACAUACAAAAUUAGAAACAGAAUUUUUUUCUGCUUCAACAGAUGGCAAAAUUUUCUGGUGGGAUACAAGAAGACUAUCAGAACCAGUUGAAACAUUAAUAUUAGAUAUUGAUAAAAAAGGUCGAACAGAAAAUAGUUAUGGUGCUAUGUCAUUAGAUUAUGAACCAACUAUGCCAAUGAAAUUUAUGGUUGGAACUGAACAAGGUUCAAUUGUUGCAUGUAAUCGUAAAGGACAAACCAAUGCAGAUAAAAUUGGGCAUGUUUAUGCAGGACAUUCAGGUCCUGUUUAUGCGCUUCAACGUCAUCCACAUUGUUUAAAAAAUUUUCUAUCUAUUGGUGAUUGGACUAUUCGUAUUUGGUCAGAAGAAGUACGAGAUGAUUGUAUCAUGUUAACCAGACCAAGUAUGUAUGCUCUUACCGAUGGACAAUGGUCACCAUCACGAUCUUCGAUAUUUUUUACAACUAAAAUGAAUGGAACAUUGGAUAUUUGGGAUAUAUUAUUUAAACAAAAUGAACCGACAGUAUCAGUUAAAGUUACGAAUGAACCUCUUCAUUGUCUACGUGUACAAGAACCUCAUGGUCGUCUUAUUGCUUGUGGUUCACAGAAUGGUACUGUAACAUUACUUGAACUCUCAAAUAAUUUAUGUGUACAAAGAAAAAAUGAAAAAUCUUUGGUUAACGGAAUGUUCGAUCGUGAAACAAGACGUACAAAAAUUCUUGAAGCUCGAAGUCGAAUGAGACGAGAUGUUCAAGAAAAAUCAACAAAUAUUGAAGUAAUAGCUGGAAAAAUAACAGAUGAAUACGUAUUAAAAGAACGUGAACUAGUCGAAAAAGCUGAAGAAGAUUUUUGGAGAAUUAUUAAUGAAGAAAAAAAUAAGUAA